CCAGAAUAUCAAGGCAGAAAAUCCCGCAAUGUCUGCUUUGAACUGGGUUAUGUGAGUUCACACUGCCAAAGCAGAUGUGGGACUUUAUUCAGCUGUGUGGAGGGGGCCCAAGAGGGAGAGAGCGGGUCCUGCAGGCCUGGCGCGGCGCCGGGGAGGGCGGGCGGAGGAGCCCAGGGAGCGGCCCUGAGGGCCGGGGUGGAGCCCGGGACGAGCCGGUCUGAGGAGUGGCCCUAGGGAGCGCCUCUCCCGGCCGGGGCUGCUCAGACGCGCCUUCCGCCUCGCCACACAGAGAAGCACCGCUGCCUUCGAGCCGCCGUUGCCUUCGAGCCGCCGCCAUGCCCGUCAAAGGGGGCACCAAGUGCAUCAAGUACCUGCUCUUCGGCUUCAACUUCGUCUUCUGGCUUGCAGGAACAGCUGUUCUGGCAGUUGGACUAUGGCUUCGGUUUGAUUCACGGACAAAAGAUAUUUUUGAUCAUGAAGAAAAUGAUACAACAUUUUAUACUGGUGUUUACAUUCUAAUUGGAGGUGGUGCUCUCAUAAUGCUUGUUGGUUUCUUGGGGUGCUGUGGAGCAAUACAGGAGUCCCAAUGCAUGCUUGGUUUGUUUUUUACUUUUCUUCUCGUGAUUUUUGGUCUUGAAGUAGCGGCUGCCAUCUGGGGAUUUGCAAACAAGUCAAUGGUUGCUGAUAAUGUGAAGAAUUUUUAUGAUUCAGUAUAUAAAAAAAGAAGUGAACCUUCUGCCAAAGAAACUCUGAGAGCUCUUCAACAUGCACUAAACUGCUGUGGCUAUACUGGAGCUAUUGAGGCGGCAUUUCUAGACACCUGCCCCAAACAAGAUCUUUCUGAAAUGCUUAAAUUACAGUCAUGUCAUGCAGCUAUUGACGACUUCUUCACCACAAAACUGAACGUGAUUGGAGCAGUGGGCAUUGUUGUUGGCGUGGUGAUGAUCUUUGGUAUGAUUUUCAGCAUGAUCCUUUGCUGUGCUGUUCGUAGAAGCAGAGAAAUGAUUUAACACCAUCUCGGUGGGCCCCAUUCCUGUAUACAAGGAAUUUGUGACUAUUAAAUCAGCAUUCCUAAAGGCAGUUCUUAAAUUAAUAUGUAUAUUUAAUUAUUGAUUUCAUACUGAUGUUCUUAAAUUUUGCUGAUGUUUAUAAAAACUUUAAAGGAAUCUGCUAUUGAAAAAUUACCAACAACUUGUAUAUAAGGUUUUUAUCUCUAAAAUUGUUUUUCUUUCUUCAAACUUACAACUGGCAUUGUAACUUGUAUUGAAGAAUAUUUGAUACUUAAUAAAGUUUUAACAACACAUAA